AUGACGGUGCAAGUGGACGACAAGGCCUUCGCAGACCUGCUUGAGGGCUUCAAAAUGCUGGGGGGAGACAUGGCUGAUCUUCGGCCCGGUGAUACCGGCGCAGCCAGCAGUGAUAGCGAGGUGCCGCCCGAGGAGGUGAAGGGUGCUGCCAGCUGCAGCGAGCAGGAGGACUGGUGGACUUGGUUCCUCACGUGGUGUAGCUGCGGCCUGGAGCAAGUCACCGUUCUGAUCCUGGAAGCAUCCAAGUUUCAAAGUUUCACUCUUCGGCUGUUUGCCGUUCGUUUCCCAUUGCGCUUCAAAGCAGCAAGUGUGGCACGUGUGAUAUUGGUAGCAUUAGUUGCCCCAGUUGCUCACUUGCCAUCUUCCAGAUGGCUAUCAUUUGCAGCCCCUUUCACAUGAUCCUGUCUUGUACAGCAAAAGCUUUAUUAGCUAGUGUCCCUCAGUGUCGUUCACGCUCUUCCUGUGCUGCUUUGGCCGUUGGAAUGGUCACGAGUCACCAGUGUAUAAGCAUGAGUGCUUGACAUUGAUUCAAUUGCGACAAGAUGG